AUGGAAUCGCAGAAAGAAACUGAUUUGAAUUCUAAACCAAAAGUAAAAGUUGAAAGCGACACUGAUAAUAUUAGUAAACUUAAUGAUAUUGAUAAUAUUUUACCUAAAACGAAAAUUACUUUAUCCACCAAAAAUCCUUCACCAAUGAGCGCCAGAGAAAAAUUAACAAAAUACAUCGACGAUACCAAAGAUCACGUAUAUAUUGUAACUCACCAUAUAGUGCACCAUCGUGUCGAGAUUCCGAACGUAGUUGUUCCUAGAAAUCCAGCUGUUACAACACUACCUUCUCGACUGACAUUCCGGCAAAAAAUAAAACAUCAAAUACGACGAGCUCUCGAACGUCUCUUUAGUCGGUUUCGCCAAUUUGAGGAUAUUGUCGAAGAGAAAAUCCAUUCUGCGUCUGGAGCGAUUACCGACGACGUUAAAGAUUCAGUCGAUCAAACAGAAGAGAAAUUUUCUGAUGCUGUUCAUUCUGCUACAGAUAAAAUGGCAUCACAAUAUGAAAUAUUAAAAGACGAUGUUGUGAAUGCAUUUGAGAAAAUUAAAGAUAUUAUUGAAAGAGUUGGAAAUAUUGCAAAUGCAAUUGAAAAUACUCUCACAAGUCGAUUCACACCAUCAGAAGAUACAAGUUACACUUCUCACAGGUUACCGAACAACGAUCAACCUACGACAUCACACCAAAUUGAUAAUUUCGCUAGUAACGGUAAAGGAUUCAAUGAAAAAGAACAAACUGUUAAUUAUUCGAUAGACACAAGUGCAUUGUAUUGCGCGAUUUUUGUUCUAUAUUUUCUUUAUUUGAGAAUUAAUCUCUGGCAGCAACGUAGAAGAACAGCCGUAUUUGUUGGUGACGGUUCAAUUGAAAUGCUGAAAUCAAUGCAGAAUCAGGUUGGUACUCCAUCUGUUAUUUCUGAAAGUGACGAUAUGUCUAUUCCAAACGGCCAAUCAACACAACAACGAAUGAACUCUAUUAGCGGUAAUCAAGCCACCACAUCUAAAUCAAAUCAACAUCGCUCAUUUUAUCAAGCACCCUCUCCAUGUGAAUAUGAGAUGCUUAUGAGACUCUGUGAAGCGUGCAAUUUCUAUACAAUUACAGUACCCGUUGGUGUGCUUCUCCUUUCCAUAUUAGAAAUCAAUGGUCUACCGAAUACCAUAUUACACGUGUUAUAUAUCAUUCUUGGAUAUAGCGCUCUAUUAUAUAUUCAUGGAGGCUUAUUUGGUCAUUCACAGGAAUUUGUUCUUGGGCGAAAAGAAGUAGCACAGCAGAUUGGUUGGAUUGCGUUGGCAGUGGCUAGUUUUUCUUGUGGUUGGUUGGCAUUGUCAAGUUUUUGGAUUUAUAAAGGGGAGAUUUAA